GUGCUCAGCCUCCGCCCAGCCUUCACCCACCCCAGCUCCCUCCCCCUCCCCGCGCGCCUCUGUUCACUCAGACUCCUCAUCCCUCUCCUCUCCCCUCCUCCUCCUCCCUCUUGCCUCUCUCCCCCACUUUUCUCUAGUCUCUUCUUUUGUAUUCUCUCCUCCCUCGCCUCCCCGGUUGCCUCUCGCCUCCUCCGGGCCGCAGGGGAGGAGGUGUGCGCGCUGCGCCCCGGGCCUGCGCGGCGCAGAGGGAGGCGUUUCUCCUACUUCUCCCGGGUAAUUUGGAGAAAUUCUCUGUGUGUGUGCGCGCGCGUGAGCUUGCGGCAAAAAGGGGUAGGAUCUAGCGCCGAGCAGAGAGGGUCAGGGUCUUUGACGUUCCUCGCAGAUUGCACAAAUCUCCCGGAGCAAGAGUGAGCGUGGGUGAGAGUGCGUGCGCGCGCGCGCACGGGCUGGCUGCGCUUAGUACGCCUGGUGGCCCGGGGCCCCGGGGCCCGGGGUCCGGUCUGGCAGCCCGGGAUUACCGUGACGUCACAUUGAGCCUCUGGCCACCCAGGACUGGGACACCUCGGGAGCUUCACAGCCCGGUGCCGCGCCGCGCCUCACCUCGCCACCGAGCGCCCUUGGGAACCUGCGCCUUCUUCCCUCCCCUGCCCAUCCAUGGGCCCUUCUGUCUUCUGGACCCUACGGGCUGGAGGGGCGCCUUCCGGAGCGCAGGGCUCGGCAGCUGGGCUGCCCUCGGCUCUGCCUCUAGUCGCUCCAAGCGGGCGAAGGAAUCGGCGCUGGGCACUCGCAGCGGUGUAAGGAAACCAGACGCCACAAGGCUAGGGGCACCGAACCGCGGGGCUGAGAGGGGAACUCCUAAGGGAAGAGGGAGACAGGACAGGGACAGCCACUAUGUCCUUCCCGCACUUCGGACACCCAUACGGCGGCGCUUCCCAGUUUCUGGUGUCUGCAAGUUCCAGCGCCACUUGCUGCGAAGCUGCUCCACGUUCAGUCUCAGAGGUGGCCUCCAGUUCCACCCCAGCACCCGCUCUUUGCUGCACACCUUAUGACAGCCGGCUGCUGGGCAGCACCCGGCCUGAGCUGGGUGCUGCCUUGGGCAUCUACGGGGCUCCCUAUGCUGCUGCCCAGAGCUACCCUGGCUACCUGCCCUAUGGACCGGAGCCACCCCCACUGUAUGGGGCACUGAAUCCACAGUAUGAAUUUAAGGAGGCUGCGGGGAAUUUUACGCCCAGCUUGGCCCAACCAGGAGCUUAUUAUCCCUACGAGCCGACUCUGGGGCAGUACCAGUAUGACCGGUUCGGUGGGGUAGAGCUGGGCGGUGCUGGACGCAGAAAGAACGCCACCCGGGAGACCACCAGCACCCUCAAGGCCUGGCUCAACGAGCACCGCAAGAACCCCUACCCCACCAAGGGCGAGAAGAUCAUGCUGGCCAUCAUCACCAAGAUGACCCUCACCCAGGUGUCCACCUGGUUCGCCAACGCGCGCCGGCGCCUCAAGAAGGAGAACAAGAUGACUUGGGCACCCAAGAACAAAGGCGGGGAGGAAAGGAAGGCAGAGACCAGAGCAGAGGAGUCUCUGGGCUGCCUAAACAGUGACCCCAAAGACGGUACUGCUAGCCAGGAGGCGCAGGGUCUCCCUCUGAGUGACCUGGAAGACCUGGAGGAAGAGGAGGACGAAGAGGAAGCCGAAGAGGAGGAGGCCGUGGUUACUGCGGCGGACAGGCUGGCGGCCUUCCAGAAAGGCGCGCAAUCGCUGUCCGCGACCUGCGCCGCAGCUCGGCAGGGCCGGGUGGAGAGCAGGGAGUGCGGCCUGGCGGCGCCCCGCUUCUCCUUCAGUGAGCCCCGCGGGUCGGGAGAAGCUGACUUCCUUGCGGCGGAGUCCGGGGGGCCCACGAUGAUCAUGCACUACCCAUGCGCAGAGAAACCGCGCAUCUGGUCUUUGGCGCACACCGCUGCAGCCAGCGCGGUGGAAGGUGCAUCCUCAACGCGGCCCAGGCCACAGAGUCCUGAGUGCCAUAUGAUUCCCGGACAGUCCCUAGGCUCCGCCCGGCGACCCACUUGCGAAGAGUCUUCUCUCAUAGCCAAAGCCUUCGGAAACUCCACGUUUACCCUUCAGGGGCUGCCGCUGAACUGUGCGCCCUGCCCGAGGCGGAGGGAGCCUUCAGUGCAGUGCCAGUACCCCUCCGGAGCAGAAGCAGGUUAGCGCCAUGGCUGCGAUUUGCAGAAGAAUCUUGGACACCCACUUUUUGAACUCACCUCUGCUCUAAGAAACUGCCAGACCUUGACAGGGACCAGGAGCUCUCACUUUGCCUAAGAGACAGACACACAGAAAACCUUCCUGUAGCAGCCGACCUUGCACACAGAGCCGGUGGCAGGACAGAUCUACACCCACCCAGAUCCGACGGAGGAAGAGGUGUCAGGGCACCUUGAGGAAGGCGGGGGAAGCCAGGGGGUCUGCCUUCCUUCUCUGGAUGCAGGGCCUGGACGGUGCAUUCUCCUGCUCACUCCUGCCCCUCACCCCGCUCACUCACUUUGUAGCUUUAUGGCUGAGCUGGCCCCUAAGGACCACUUGCGUCUUCUCCCCUUCCCCUCUCCUUGUGUCCUUAAAAAUAAUCAAGCUGAACCUAAGCUGUGCAGCCUAUCUGUGCCAGGGGUGCCUAGAAAGGUCAGGGUAGAGGGCGGGGUGGGUCACAGCCAGGAGCCCUGGGGACAGGGCAGCAAGGGGCGAAAUGGACAAGGCAACCCGAAAUGGCACCCAGGGCGCCUGGGGUGUAGCAGACCCAAAGUUUAUCCACCAAGCCGCUGAGCCAGGCUGAGGCCCCCUUUGGUGGGCAGGUGUGGGAGGUGACACGGGGAGCGGGGUAGAGGUCAGGAUAUUUAGGAGCAGCAUUUGUCCCAGGUUCCUCCUGGGGUUGCAGAUUCAUGGGGGGAGUUGAAUGCCAGAGAUGCCCAGGUGCCUGUGCACGCCUGCGCCUGCGCCGUGCAGGCUGGAUAAGGCUGCCCCAGUUCACACCUGGGGUCCAGAGGGGUGGGAUUAGCUGGCCAGAAGACGCACUGCUGCGGCAGGGGAGGGACAGGGCAGUGUCCCAGAGGGAAGCUCAGGGAGUGGUGGAGACCGGGGGUCUGGAGGCAAAGCAGCCAGCAGGGUGUGCCUCCAGGGGCUGGGCUGGAUCCCUCCGGGACCCUUCUCUCCCACUCCAGGCCCCUGCCUGGGCUAGGUGACAGUCUUCCACAUCAGCUCCGAGGUCACUGAAGCCAGAAGAAUCGCCAGGGCGGAGCUGCGGAGGGGGAGGUUGGGAGCAGGAACCGGGCAGACUGACCUGAGUGGUCCCCAGACCCUCCCUGGCCCCACCCCUUCUUCCUCUCUAUAGCAAAGACCCCCUCGGAGUGGGAAGGGUCCUGAGGAAUCACAGAAACACAAACCUCUGUUUCAGAUGAGGCAACAGAGGCCCCAUGAGGAGCAGGUGACCGGCUCAGGGACAUGCGUGUCCCUGGUGGAAACAGACCUUAGCUUUCUACUCUGGGCGCCUUUUCGGGCUCCUGCUCGCCCACCCUCCGGGAGACCCCCCUCCCUCCCUGCUUCUUUUUUGCUCCUGGGCAACAGCUGGUCCCAUCCCCAGCCUCCCCGGGGACACUCCAGUCGCCCUCGCUGACCCGCGGCUUAGGGUCCGGAAAAUUAAACUGCGAAAAGAUAAACAUGAUUUCCAGUCGGCUUUGCGGGAUUAACGCUUGUAAUAAAGAGCUUUAACCCGA